GGAACAGGGGGGGCCGGGGUGCUCGUAAGGUGAAGCGCGCGCUGAGGACCCCGGUUCGCCUCGGGGAGCUCUUGCGCCUCAGAACGGCGAUGGCCGCGGUUCCCGAGGAGUCCGCGGCCUGAGUCUCUGCGCUAAGUCCUCGGCCUGGCCUCGGUCUCCGUAAGGGCGGGUUCGCUGCCCGCUCCUCUGCCUCCGAAGCCAGCGGCAGCCGGAUGCCUGUGACCGUGGGCCCAUAUGGGCAGUCGCAGCCCAGCUGCUUUGACAGAAUAAAGAUGGGUUUCAUGAUGGGCUUUGCAGUGGGCAUGGCUGCAGGAGCGCUGUUCGGCACAUUUUCCUGCCUCAGGAUUGGCAUGAGAGGACGAGAGCUGAUGGGUGGAGUUGGCAAAACGAUGAUGCAAAGCGGUGGGACGUUUGGGACAUUCAUGGCCAUUGGUAUGGGAAUACGCUGCUAAUCUGGAGUUUGAGAUUUAUCCCAGAGUGCCCCCGCCCAGCCAUUCCUCUGCUGUACAAUAAUAAAAUCUUUAGAUACCUGGAA